GGACCCCGGAGAGCUUUUCAGCUAGUGCAGGCACAAAAGCUCGGUGCCCACUGAGCAUGUGCAAAACCGAGGCUUGCUCUCUUAAGGCUGGGUUAGUUACUGAUAUAAACAGCUGGAGGAAUUCGAAAGGCUGAGUUUUUUUAGAGACCCAGCAGAGCCGCCGGAGCGGAGAUGCGAGAGGAUUACAGCUUCUGCGGGCUUCCGUCGGGCUGGCAGAAGAAGGCUUAGCCAAGGGCACCCGAAAGAUCUGCCUUUUCUUUUUUUUCCUUUUUUUUCCCCCGACGCUUGCAUUCCGGUUUUGAGGCUGGCUGUCUUUCCUCGCCUUUUUGCCAGGGACUUUUUCUCUCUGGCAAGACGACGGAGUUUUGGAAUAUUGUUUUUUUUUAAUUAUUUUUUUCCCAGAGAGUCUCAACUUCUUUUGUAUACUGUGGUGACCAAAACUGGAUGCAGUAUUCCAGGAAAAGGUGAAAUGGAAAAUGUGGAGGAAUGUGAAAUAUGGAUAACUAUAUUCUGAUUUAUGAAUCCUGGGAAUGCAAAUUAGCUGCUUUGCUUUAAAAGAAGAACACACAGUCAACAGCCCCAUCGGAGACUUGGUUGCAGUUCAGAGCUCCUGAAACAACUGGCAGUGAUAUCUGAGGAACCGAGUCUUUGAAGUGUGACGGGCCACAAUCGAGAAAGAUGCUUGUGAACGGUUGACUGGAUGUUCUGGUCUUCUGAAACCCCCUCGGUGCAGAGAACUAUGGCGACUAGCCUAGCAGUGAUGGCAGAAGGAAGCAUAUUGGAGACAGGCAAAGUUCUAAGAUGAUCAGACGAACCCAUGGGAGGGCCUGUAGCGAGAAGCCAAGGUGUGGCUUCAGAGCUGUUCUAAAGGCGUGAAGGGCUCAGUUUCCCAGGAAGGGUAUGGCCAGAUCCUUUUUCAGACCACAAAAGUUUCUUCGGAGGACCCAGUUUCUGCUCUUUUUCCUCACGGCCGCUUAUCUGAUGGCUGGUAGCCUUCUCCUCCUACAGAGAUCUCGCGUGGUUCUGCAGCAAGGCUCCCGAGGGUUCUCCAGGAAUCAGGGCCUACCAGUCGCUGAGACGUUGCCAGGUGAGGCAAAUGCAGAGAGCAGACCAGUUCAGAUGCCUCGCUUGACUUCUAAGCUUCUUGUGAACAUGCAUACAGUGUAUGGAUCCAACCCGGACCAGAAAGAUGGACCGCGGUGGUUGAUCUCCAGAAAUUCAGAAUUGAGACAGUUACGGAGGCGUUGGUUUCUCCGAUUUGUAAAUGACCAAGAACCCGUUCUGGCUUCUGGAGCAAAAACAGUGAAGCACGCCUCCAAAAGCAAAGGCACUUAUAUUGGCUGCUUUGGCGACGACUCAAGAAAAAGGACGUUGAAAGGAGCCGUGUUCUAUGACUUGAGAAAAAUGACAAUUUCCCAUUGCCAAGAAGCCUGUGCUGAGAGGGCUUAUAAAUACGCCGGCUUGGAAUAUGGAGCAGAAUGCUAUUGUGGAAACCAACUGCCAGUGAAUAUUGCAAAGCAGGAAGAGUGCAACAAUGAGUGCAAAGGGGAGAAAGGGACCAUCUGUGGAGGCAUCAACAGGCUCUCUGUUUACCAGGUGGAGGAAUCAGGGGCAGGGCCUAAACGACGGCAAAAUAUUAUCUAUCGAGGAUGUUUUAAAGUACCUGAAAAUUUAACAAACAUCUUGCCAGCCUCAUUGAUACAUUCCAAUUUGACAGUGGAGAUGUGCUCUGAAUUUUGCUCCAAAAAGGAAUUCCCUUUGGCGGUUAUUCGAAGGCCUCAAUGCCAUUGUGGCUUUGCAACAAUUAAUUUCCCACUGCAUAAUAGUUCUGACAGAUCGUUUUGCAGCAGGCUUGAAAAUGUCAGCGGUACGGCUGAAGUUUCAAAUGCAGGAGACCAUGGCUUUGUUUAUCAAACUCCAGUCCAAGAUACCCGUUGUAUUGACCGGAAUUUUCUCCCCACCAAAUCAAAAGCCCUUGUUGCUUUGUCAAGCUUCCCAGGAGCGGGAAAUACGUGGGUUCGCCAUUUGAUAGAGCAUGCCACAGGGAUCUACACAGGGAGCUAUUACUUUGAUGGAACUCUGUAUAAUAAAGGUUUCAAAGGAGAAAAGGACCACUGGAGAAGCAGAAGAACUAUUUGUGUCAAAACACAUGAGAGUGGCAGAAAGGAAAUUGAAAUGUUUGAUGCGGCCAUCUUAUUGAUACGCAACCCGUACAAAUCGUUGGUGGCGGAAUUCAACCGGAAAUGUGCUGGCCAUCUUGGUUAUGCCACAGACCAGAACUGGAAAAGUAAAGAAUGGCCUGAUUUUGUAAACAGCUAUGCUUCUUGGUGGGCCUCUCAUGUGCUCGAUUGGCUUAAAUAUGGCAAGCAUCUCCUCGUGGUUCAUUACGAAGAUUUAGAAGAAGCCCUUCUUCCCAAGCUGAGGGAGAUGGUUGAAUUUCUGAACAUCACAGUGACUUACGACCGGCUCCUCUGCGUUGAAAACAAUCGAGACGGGAAUUUCAAGCGGUCGGGAGCCAAGCAGAAAGGGUUUGAACCCUUCACAAAGGAAAUGAAAGAAGGGAUAGAUCAGUUUAUUGUGAUCGUGGACAAAGCCCUACGUGAGAGGAACUUUACGGGGCUGCCAAAAAUGUAUUUGCGCAGAUGAUGCCCUGCAGCCAGCUAGCUGCAUUGUUAAAGGAAAGACCGAAUAAUGAAAUUAAAGAAAAGGCUAGGAUUUUAUAGCAUUUAAAAGCAAGAUUUGCACAGAGUCUGCUGAUGAAUGCAAAUUCUUAAGACUUGGACAGUCUUCAGGGUACUAAGUGCUAUGAAAGGCAAGCAAUGAAGGAUGGAAAUUAGGUUAUAAACCGAGGCAAAAGCCAUUAGCAUCUCUGCCUGUGUGUGUCCUUUUCUCUAUAAAUGGCUACGAAUUUUAA